AUGGUGAAAGAGCCCGUUGCCGAAAAGCUGGGCGUAAACCGCUGGAAAACUGCGCUUUUCGCUUUUUCGUGUGCGUGUUCCGUCGCGCCAGCUUUCUCGGUCUUGGAUACAAAAGACCUGCAGGUAUUUAAAGUGACCGUAAAUGGACAGGAUGCAAAAUUUGGUUUUGGAGAAAAGGACAUCCUCAAGGGGACACCCCUGGAAAUCACGUUUCCUUUUGAACUAAGAAGGGGACAAGAAGUAAUUGUUGAAAUCUCCUUUGAGAGCUCUCCAAAGUCUUCAGCUCUCCAGUGGUUUUCUCCAGAGCAAACUUCUGGGAAGAAACACCCAUUUCUCUUCAGCCAGUGUCAGGCUACCCACUGCAGAGCCAUCUUUCCAUGCCAAGACACACCCGCUGUGAAACUCACCUACUAUGCAGAGAUAUCUGUUCCUAAGGAACUGGUGGCCCUUAUGAGUGCCCAUCGCGAGGGGGAGACGCCUGACCCAGAGGACUGCGGCCGGAAGAUCUACCACUUCAGUCAGGACGUUCCCAUACCUUGUUACUUGUUUGCUUUAGUGGUUGGAGCUUUAGAAAACAGAAAGAUUGGCCCAAGGACACUGGUGUGGGCUGAAAAGGAGCUAGUGGAUAAAUCAGCCUAUGAAUUUGCUGAGGCUGAAGCUAUGCUGAAAACAGCUGAAGAUUUAGCAGGACCCUAUAUAUGGGGACAGUAUGAUUUGUUAGUCUUGCCACCUUCUUUUCCUUAUGGUGGUAUGGAGAAUCCUUGUCUUACUUUUGUAACUCCAACACUAUUGGCAGGUGAUCGAUCUCUAUCAAAUGUCAUUGCUCAUGAAAUCUCUCACAGCUGGACAGGAAACCUGGUAACAAACAAAACAUGGGAGCAUUUUUGGCUGAAUGAAGGACAUACUGUAUACCUGGAACGCAGGAUUGGUGGUCGGUUGUUUGGUGAGCAGUUCAGGCACUUUCAGGCCCUGGGAGGUUGGAGGGAACUGCAGAAUACGAUAAAUACUCUUGGAGAUAAAAAUCCUGUAACUCACCUCGUCCCUAAUUUAGAUGGAGUAGAUCCUGAUGCUGCCUACUCAUCUGUUCCAUAUGAGAAAGGCUUUGCUUUGCUUUUUUACCUUGAACAACUUCUUGGAGGUCCAGAUGUCUUCAUUGGCUUCCUGAAGGCUUACAUUCAGCAGUUCGCUUAUAAGAGCGUAGUAACUGAGGACUGGAAGAAGUUGUUGUACUCGUACUUCAAGGAUAAGGUAGAUAUUCUGGAUAAAGUUGAUUGGGACUCGUGGUUUCAUGCUCCAGGAAUGCAAAAAAAAAGAAUGCCACCAGUGAAGCCUACGUACGAUAUGACACUAUCAAAUGCUUGUGUUGCCUUGAGCCAAAGAUGGAUCAAAGCAAAGGAGAGUGAUUUGGACUCAUUCAGCUCAGCAGACCUGAAGGAAAUGUCAUCUCAUCAGUUGAUUGAGUUCUUGGCACUGUUGCUUCUGGAGGCUCCUCUUCCACUCUCACAUGUCCAACGAAUGCAGCAAGCGUAUGACUUCAAUGCUAUACACAAUUCUGAAAUAAGAUUCAGAUGGCUGCGCCUCUGCAUCAAGUCCAAAUGGGAAGAAGCUAUUCCCCUGGCUCUGAAAAUGGCAACAGAUCAGGGCAGGAUGAAGUUUACUCGACCCUUGUUCAGGGACCUUUACAGUUUUGACAAGUGUCGAGAUCUGGCUGUCAAGACGUUUCUGGAGCAUAGAGCCUCUAUGCACCCAGUCACUUCAAUGCUUGUGAGCAAAGACUUGAACCUGGAUCAGUGACAAAUUUACCAGUUUCUUUGAAAUUUUCUUGUUGCUGCAAGAAGAGAUAGAUGCCACAAACCGUUAUGUGUGCUUGAUUAUGCCAUAAAAAGAUCUGCUGCUCUGGUACUACUU